AUGUCCACCCAGUUCCCAGACGGCAAUGCCGCCGACGCGCCCCAUGUGGGAGACGCCUCGGGCAGCGACGCCAACCCUACCGCCGGUGCAACGAUCAGCCCCGCUGUACCUGGCGCCUUCGGAAACGAGCAGCUAGAGCAGCAGGGCUAUGACGCCGACUCAGAUAACGACGAGGCCGACAUUACCCAAAUCCACCAUCUACCAACUCUAGCCGCCUAUGAGUACGACGGCAACGGCGAGCCCAGGCUAGUAGGAGAACUUGACGAAGCUUUUGUUAAAGGCUCAACCACGGAAGCUGGAGAGAAACUCUACCAGUUCUGCUUUGACACCGUCCACACCCUACAUAACGACCUCGCCAAUCUUCAAGAGCGGCUGACGGACGCUCAGGAAGACCUCAUCGACGAGCGCGUCGCCAAACUCAACUCCGAAAAGCAGGUAAAGUUCCUUACAAACCAGCUUCAAGAGGUGAGAGGCAGCCUCCACGUAGCCAACCAAGACCUCCAGUCGAAACUCGACACCGCUGAGCGACGAGCCGAACGCUACCUCCAGCGCAAGGAGGAGUACAAGACCGCCCUUAACCAAGAGUCUACCGCGCACGGCGAAACCAAAGAAAAGCUUAAAGCCUAUGCUAGCACCGCGCGCCCAUCUCUACGCGGCAAACCGCAUGACUCCAUCUCUGACGAAUCAGAUGGACCCGUUAGCGUACGCCGCCACCGCUCAGCUACCAAACUUAGCCCUGACGCUCCGCUGCCCGCCACAACGCAGCGACGAUCUAAACAACCUGAACCCGCGGUCUUUGAGGGCCCUACAGGCACAAAGGCCUCUACCUACCAGAAAUGGAAACUCGACAUGCAGAGCUGGUUCCGUGCCCAUCCGUACCCUUUCGCCAACAACGAGGAGGAGCAACUAGACUACAUCCGCAUGAAAACCACCGGCGUAGCCUGGGAUAAUAUCUCGAGCGGAUGGUUUGUCGAAGGAGACGAGUUCCAUACUGCACAAGAAGCGUGGGAUAUCCUCGACGCCUGCUACGGCCGUUUGAAUACCCGCCUAGAUGCCCACAACUUCUACGAAAAGGAAGGCUUCAUGAAGCCUGGUGAGACUAUCACCUCCUACCUGGCCCGCUUCAAAGCCGGCGUCGCUCCCUUGAAAUGGGACGACGAGGAAAAGACUCUGCAAGCCUACAAGAAGUUGCCAGACCAGUGGCGCAGCCGAGCGGAGCACCUCAUGAGCGACGACACCUUCACCAAGGACUUUGCCAAGUUCAGCCACAAGCUCCGACACCUCGAACAACUUCACUCCGCCCUCCAGCCCUCUCACAACCCUAGCAAGGGUAAUAGUGGAGGUAGCGGUCGUGGCGGCGGCGGCAAUAACCGCAACCGCAAUCGCAACGCCGACAACGCGCAGCCCAAAGGCAGCGGAGCCAACCAAUUUAUUAUCAACAAACCCUACAGGGAGCGCACUGUCAUGGAGAACCCAGGUCCUAGCUGA